AUGCUGGUGCUCCUGGCUUUCAUCAUCAUCUUCCACAUCACCUCCGCGGCCUUGCUCUUCAUCGCCACCAUCGACAAUGCCUGGUGGGUAGGAGACGGAUUUUUUGCAGAUGUCUGGAAAAUCUGCACCACAGAGAACUUCACCAAUUGUACAGACAUCGACGACAGCUUUUCCCAUUACUCCACGAUGCAGGCGGUCCAGGCCAGCAUGAUCCUGUCUACCAUUCUCUGCUGCAUCGCCUUCUUCAUCUUCCUGCUCCAGCUCUUCCGCCUCAAGCAGGGAGAGAGGUUUGUCUUAACCUCCAUCAUCCAGCUCAUGUCGUGCCUGUGCGUCAUGAUUGCAGCUUCCAUCUACACAGACCGACGCCAAGACAUUCACCGAGGAAACAGCGAGUUCUAUCUUCAGACCGCAGAAGGCUCGUACGGCUACUCCUUCAUCCUGGCCUGGGUGGCCUUCGCCUUCACCUUCAUCAGCGGCCUCAUGUACCUGAUCCUGAGGAAGCGCAAAUAG